CAGAUUUGUGUACAAAUGUAGGGAGUAGACACUCAAGCAAAGUACAGAUACCUUUAAAAAAAAAUCUACUUAGGUACUUACUUACUUUCCACCUCUAUAUAUUAUUAUUGUAUUAGAAUGGUUUAGAUGUAAGUAUUUUAUCGACGUUAUGUGACGCUGUGUACAUUGUCGAAACUUGUCAUGGGAGCAGAUGAAGGUAUGUAAAUGCACACUGAACUUUUGAACUCGUGAAUCAGUCCCCCCAUGUGUGUGUCUCAACCUCUCAACCCUCCGAAAGAUGCCGAGCCGAAGCUUGACGAGAGUGACGUCAGCGUAUCUCGUUCUUUCGUUUUUCGGCUGAGAGCGAGAGCGAGAGCGAGCGAGAGAGAGCGAGAGAGAGAGAGAGAGAGAGGAAAACGGCUCUCAACGAAGCAACAAGAAGGAAGAGCAAUGGCGACAUUGGAUCGCCAAAUACCAAGUCCGGAUAGCUACCUCUGCGAGCCUUGGUCUUCGUUCGUCGGUGCGGCUAAAUUACGUUUUGUUGACAACGCAGACUCGUCCGUGGAUAACAGCGACAGAGAGCUCCAAUGCCUCGGUGAAGCCGUGAGGCUCAGCGAACAAGAGAUGCUCCACAGCCCAUUCCCAGUACUGGAGGAUUUUUGUCUUAUUGUCUGCCAUGUCUGCAGUAAGGUGGUCAUUCCUCAGGGCAUCCUCGCACACUAUGGUAGCUGGGGUAUAGUUUCCCUGUGAGACAGACACAGAGAGAGAUCAGUCCUGGAUCACACACCCCCAAACCCCCCAACCCACCCUGCUCCCACAAAGACAUGCAUAGCAAAAACCAGAAGCGGCACAGCUCCCCAGUCCCCUCCAGGAGCCCCUUGGUUCCCAUGAAGCCCAAAGCGCCUGCAGUGGCCCCUGCUGUGGCUCCCAGUCCCGGGGACACGCUGGCAUUCAGGGUCCCUAAAGACUACCCUCACUCCCGCUUCAACAAGGCACCACUCGCUGUCUACCCACCCAAGGGGGCACGGAACAAGACAUGCUUAUCUCUGCCGGUCGUGAGCCUGGAGAAGAUGCCCUGCCUCAGCCGGGGCGACUCGGCGUCACACGUGCGCCUCGCGUCUUCCUCCCCUUCCCCCCACAAACCCGCGUCCCUCACGCCCCCUUCCUCCCAGCGCUCGGGCGAAAAGCUCACGAACGGCCGCGGCGGCAGCGGACCGUCCACCCCGCGCUCCUCCGCGUCUCCAUCCUCCGCGGACAGGCGGCCCAGCCCGGCGCGCUCCCCGCUGGACAGGCGGACGCCGUCGACGCCGUCUCCCUCUCCCCUGGAUCGGAAACCCUCCCCGUCGCCCUCGCCUUCUCAGCGAUCCGUCGCUCCGCCGGCGCUGCCGUCGUCGUCGCCGCUGGACAAGAAGCACCAGAACGGGACUAAGGCUCCCUCCAGGUCGCACAGGAGGCUCUCAGGGAGAGUGUUUGAUCCUAACAAACACUGUGGAGUGCAGGACCCCGAGACCAAGCGACCCUGCACGCGGUCCCUCACCUGCAAGACCCACUCCCUAACUCACCGCCGGGCCGUUCCCGGCCGAAGGAAGCAUUUCGACAUCCUCCUGGCCGAACACAAGGGGCGAGCAAAGGAGAAGGAGGGAUCGACGAAAGAGAAGGAGAAAGAGAAGGACGGGGCGCAGGGAGGGAAAGAAGGCCACAACCAGAGUGUGACGUCACAAGAGGCCGCGAGUCCCAGCAAGUCUCACUGCCCCAAUGGACGACCACUCUCCACGCUGAAGCUGCGGCUGGCAAAUGCACACAUACCUAGGGUUCUAGGCAGCUCCUCCACUUGCACUUCCAGCACUCUGCUCCAAGCAGCACCUCCAGCCCAGGCCCCGAACCCAGUGCCAUCUCCCCACAGCUGGGCAACAGCGGCAGGAGACAGCAGUCGACUUUCAAGUGAUGAGGGAGACCCGGAGACUCCGGAGGACACCGACAGACCUGCCCUUCACUACUCCAGUCAUCACCCACAGCCUUCAGGGUUUUGCGCAUUCAACAGCCGGCUCAUGGGACGGGGCCACUACGUGUUCGACAGGCGAUGGGACCGGAUGAGGCUGGCGCUGCAGAGCAUGGUGGAGAAGCACCUCAACGCACAGAUGUGGAGGAAGGUGCCUUUGGCUGCCGAUAGCCUUCUCUCCCCAUCUGGUACCUCCUCCACUGCUUUACAGCAGGCUUCUUCUCCCACCUCCCCUCUCUUCAACUCCCAGUCCUACACUGCCAUGUUUCCUCAGUCCGCGUCCACGGCGGGAGUGUUCAGCAUCAGAGAGUCCCCUCAACACCAAGCCCAGGUUUUCGCCCUGGCAAAAUCGCGCAAUGGCACGCACAAAGGCAGUCGCCCAUCCAAAGACACGGAGGACCCUGCAGGGGGAUCAAAGAAGAGAAAAGACUCUUCCGUCUCUUCCUCCUCCUUAUCGUCAUCUUCCUUGUUUCCGCCUGUGGAUAAUCACAAGAGGAACGGCAGCAGCUUUCAUCCAACGUUACAAGGCUCAGGGGGGACGACGGCCCCUCCAGCCAGGAAAAAGGGACUCAGUCGUGGGGAUAGUGGACUUUGGAGCGGAUCGGAGGAAUGGCUGUCCAGAGCUGAUGGGUCUCAAAGCCACAACUCCCACAACAAUCGCCAACCUGGCGCCACCAGUAUACCGUACUCGCCCAACAGGGAACCUUCCUCUGCCCCGCGUCAGCCCAUGGCUCCCCCCACGGGACCCUUAGCUUAUGGGGGAGGAGCCGAGGGGAGGAAGAGGAGGAGUCCCAGCUCGUAUAGAGGGAAGGCCAAUAAGCUGAGCAGACCAAGCGGGUUGGAGAGCCUAUUCGGGAAAGGAAACGACAGUGGAGGGAUACUGGCUUCAGGACCGGAGUCCCCAGGACAGGCCAAGUUGCAUCACUGACAGAGAAACCUGUUUCACGGACAGAAUGUUGGGCAGCUGUUCAGGCCACCACCGUUUGUGACCUUUGACCUCACCACUCUUCCAACGCGAGCACCAACCAGACUGCUUCAUCUCGGGGACGUCACCUCCCCUGUUUAUCCGACGGCAGUUCAGUUCACCCGCUCUGACGUCGUGGGCUCGGAAGUCUUCGUCUGCAGCCGGCUGGCGGUCACGGAUCACUUUGUUGGAAAGUUGCUUGGCAUCGCCGCGGUUGUGGUCUUUUCAAAAUACAACAUUUCAAAAAACCUAUCCUCUGAAAAGGGAACAUGGCUUACAUUUUCAAUGCAUUGUUAAUAACACCACCACCACCACCAUAAAAACUUUGAGGGGGGGGCGGCUCAAGUUCACUUUCAAGUCAGAUGACCAGGAAAGACGUCUGUGAUUGUUUCGGGGAGUUGGAUGAUUAAAGGACCUAACACGACUACUGUAGGAUUCGGACUUCAGCUGCGCCACUUCAAUGCCGCCGCCGUCACCAACUGUUUUCCGGUCUCUUUUUUGGUUUUAGUUUUUCCUCUUGUCCAAAGAGAAGAGGUCUGGUUGGGUUCUAUCCAGCAUUUAGCAUCUUUCUUUGUGUACCAAACACCUUUGUCCAUUUCUGUACUCACUGUCAUCCCAGCAUGCCUGUGUUCAAAGUGCACUUAAUUGCCUUCAGUUCCCCUCACUUCCGUCUUUGCAGUCUCCAGCAGUGCCACACGAGGACCUGUUCACACAAGGGAAGAAACGAUAUCUGUGUUAACAACGACACCACGUCAAUGCAUUGUAUUUCAAUAUAGGAAGAAAACUGGUUUUAUCUGGGGAUUGUUUUUUUUCCCCUUCGUUCUGGUUUAAAUGUUGAAAGAAACACAAACUUCUGGAGUUGCAUCCCAAAAUGGAAUUAUUACUACGGUGUUGGAUGGCUUUUUUUUUUCUUUUUGUAUAAUAAUUUAUCAUUCUGAAAUAAUGUUUGUUAUCUAACUGACCAUUGAGGUUUGAGCUACAGACUUUUUCAGCAACAAAAAAAAUUAUUCUAAGGCAUUUUGAAGAAAAGUUGAAAGUAUUAUUACAGUUCAUAUUGUUGAAAAUAUGUACAUAUCUGUUAUUUUUGUAUUUAUUAAUAAUUGUCCCCUUUUACUAUAUAUGACGUGAAAGAGGGAGUAUUUUUGCCCUCCUGUCUUCUGUGUUUGAUAAUAAUGAUGAUAUUGGCCUGAUUUCUCAAAAAUUUCAAUCAUUUGUUCAUUAGCAAAUUAAUACUUUUGCGUUGUUUUUGUUGUAAUGCUAGGCAUUUCAACUUGGAAAUCUGUGAGGAUUAACUCAGCCUCAAGUGGCCAUUUGAGGAACUGCAUAAUUUUGGCAGUUAGUUGAAAUGAGCAACCUCACCACUAGAUGGCACUGAAUCCUACUCAGUGGACCUUUAAUUCAAGAUAUACUUUAUACUUUUUACCAGGAGCCUUUAACCCAUAUAUCACAUGUUGUAUGUGUGUGAAUGUUUUAGGCUCUAAAAGCACAACUCUGAUUCCAUUGUUUCAGAGGAUCCACAUUGUUCCCAAAAGAUUGUAUUGGCCAUGUUGUCAAAAAUGCAUUUCAGCCUUUUUAAUGGGCCAAAACAUCUCCAGUGUUUAUUCUAACCAUUGCUAAUAGGUACGCAUCGUCUAGUGUUGUGUAUCUGAUGUUUGCUAAAUAACAAAUGUUGAUUUUGUUUGAGAAACCAGGUCCUGUUUUUAUUUUCAUAUAAAGGGCCCCACAUUCCUGUUUGCCUGUGGUUCCACCCUUUUUCGUACUUCUUCCAAUGUUCAAAGCUAUAUUUUUUAACUGUCUCUAUCUUCCAGGGCCGAUUGGUCUAGUCUCAGUGCGAUUGUUGUGUUACGUCAAGUCAGAACUGGGUCAAAAUAUAUUCACUUACUUUUCAGGUGUCCCUUCGUCAAGCUUGUCAAGCUAGGUACCGUUACUGCUCCGUUAGCUCAGUCGUCCGCUUUGCUGAAACUGCAGCAUAUUCAUUCUUUUGAGCGCAACGCAGGUGCUGAAUGAACAACGAUUCAAACGGAGAAAUUUGGAAUUAUGGGUCAGAUCUCGUGUAUUUAUCUUUCAUAGAAGUUCACGUCCACAGCUAACGUUAACUUUGUGAAAUUAGCUGUGAUCAAGUGAUAUAGUGAAUGUCAUAAUGGGUCGAAAAACACAGCAAAUUUCACAAUCUCUGAAAAGUAGCCUGUCCACUCAUGCGGUGUUAGAGCUAAAAUAACUGAAAUGAUUUACUUUUCGAUGGAAACUAACUCCUUUGACUCAUUGUUUUUAUUUUUUGUUGUUCAGGCACUAAUGGCGAGUGAAUUGUACAUAAUAAGUUGUAUUUGUGUUUUGUUUUUCCAAGUGCUUCCCAUGAUGACACUUUAUUCAUCUGUAUGUGUGUGUGAGAGAGAUUGCCAGACAGCUUAGAUGAGUUUAGUAACUCCUGCUUGGUGGUCUUGGUUUUGCUGUAGAUACACAUGGUUUAUAUGGGUACUCGCUAUGUACAGUACAGUUAACUGGCUGACAUGCUAAUAUAAUUACAGGAUUAACAUACUUUGUCACAGUUUUCUCAGUUUUCAAGCCAGUUGCCACCUGUUGUGCUUAUACACGUUAACGUCAGCAAAGUUAAUAUAAGAGACCAACGGAUACACUAGUAUAGCGGUGGCUUAUAUUGGUUUAAUGACUUAAAAUCUCCUCACAUGUGUCUACAAAUCAAAGAUCUUAGUGUUGUUUGGGAAAAGCCACCCUGACUUACUGUUUUACAAUAGUCGAUACGGGAUGUUACAGUUUGUUGCAGCUAAAGUUGAGACAAAGCUCUCAGAUGCUGAUUUCAGAGAAGUUGUAUAUUUACUGUUAAAUUUAAUGGAGGUAUUAACAGUUUUUUUUUAAAACCCUCCUGCUUUCAUAUUUUUGCACUUUGUCAUAUUGCCCAGAUCUUUAGUCAACCUCUAUUUAUAAAAGUCUUUCUGACAACUACAGUAAAAGAAGAGUAUAUUCAUGGUCAGUUGGCCCUAAAACCAGCACACUGUUGUUAUUAUCCGAUCCAAACUGUGGUGAAUAAUGAAUGUUGAAAAAAAAAAAUGCCUUGUUAGAUAUUUGGGCGGGGUUAUAUCUUUUUAACUGCAGUUGGAUUAGACAACCGAUUCCCCACUGAAACAACUUAACACAUGCUGUAAAAAAACAAAAAAAGGUCUUAUAUCCAAGCUUUUAUUAAAUGAUUGAAAGUG